UAUGCCUUAUGUCCACACGAGGGCAACAACAACCCAUGUAAGAAGCCAAGCCAAACUGACGCCAACAAUUCACGACUCAAGGGCGUCGCGGCAACGCGCAGUCCGUCAGUUAUUUGUGAAACAAGGGUAAGAAAGCGUCUGAGCCGAGCACAGUCUGCGCAGCCCACACGUGUUACCGUUAAUCCGGCCAGGCAGCUUACUUGGUAUUCGCCUCUCCUCUCUUGACUCGAAGCCCUUGUGAGAACGCGUAACUCCCUCCAUUGGAAAAAUAUAACGGAAACUUCGGGGAGGGAAAGAGGCGUGAAAGCAUGAAACUCCACAGUCUCCGUAUUUUUCUACCUUUCCUUUUGGUCUGUACUGUCUACGUAGUUAGUGGAGACUACUGUGAGGUGGACCAGUGCCAUAAUGGAGCCACCUGUGUGACAGGCAUUGGAGAGGGCCCCUUCAUCUGCAUCUGUGCUGAGGGCUUCACAGGGGACACCUGUAAUGUCACUGAAAACGGGCCCUGUGUCCCCAACCCCUGCAAGAACGACGGGGUGUGUGAGGUGAUCACCAACACCAGGCGUGGGGACGUGUUCAACGAGUACCUCUGCAAGUGCCAGCCUGGGUUCGAGGGCCCACACUGCCAGAUCAUCUCCUCCACCCAUGUAGAUGUGAAUGACUGUGCUGGGGAUCCCUGUAAGAAUGGAGGCAAGUGCAGAGAUCUGGACGGAGACUACGCCUGCUUGUGCCAAUCUCCAUACGUGGGCAAACAGUGCCAAGUUCGUUGUACAGCUCUAUUGGGGAUGGAGGGGGGCUCCAUAGACGAGUCUCAGAUCACGUCCUCCUCGGUGAGCUUUGGCAUGCUGGGCCUGCAGCGCUGGGGCCCAGAACUCGCCCGCCUCAACAACCAGGGCAUCGUCAACGCCUGGUCCUCUGCCCCGCACGACAAGAACCCCUGGAUCGAGAUUGACCUGCAGAAGAAGAUGCGUCUGAGUGGCAUUAUUACCCAGGGGGCUAGUCGCAUGGGGGGUGCUGAGUACAUCAAGGCCUUCAAGGUGGCUUACAGCUUCGAUGGGAAGACCUAUGCCGUCUUCAAGACCAUAGGCCAGAGGAAGGACAAGGUGUUUUCGGGGAACGUGGACAAUGACGGAACCAAGACCAACAUGUUCGACCCCCCCAUCGUAGCCCAGUACAUCCGCGUGGUGCCCGUGGUCUGUCGCAAGGCCUGCACUCUUCGCAUGGAGCUGAUUGGCUGUGAGCUCAAUGUAUACUCAAAUACGGCUGGAUGCUCAAAUGCACUUGGCAUGAAGUCCCGGCUCAUCUCCGACGAGAAGCUGUCCGCGUCCAGUGCUUUCCGUACCUGGGGGCUGGAUACCUUUACCUGGCUACCCCACUUUGCCCGUCUAGACAAACAGGGCAAGACCAACGCCUGGUCAGCAGCCACCAACAACCGGUCAGAGUGGCUUCAGGUGGACUUGGACAGUCCGAAGCGCGUCACAGGCAUCAUCACUCAGGGGGCAAAGGACUUUGGGGUCGUUCAGUUCGUCUCGGCCUUCAAAGUGGCGUUCAGUGACGACGGCUACACUUGGAAGGUGCUGAAGGAUCCCAACACCAGGACAGACAAGAUAUUCCAGGGCAACAUCGACAACAACACUCACAAGAAGAACGUGUUCGACCCUCCGUUCUACGCCCGCUUCGUGCGUUUCCUGCCGUGGGAGUGGAACGAGCGCAUCACCGUGCGUAUGGAGCUGCUGGGCUGUGAUGAGUAGAGAGGCCUUUCCUCUGCUCUCCCCCCUCCGCUGCUCCCUGAACUCACACCAGGCUGGAUUCACACCACAUAGACCAGAGAGUGGGGCCCUCGCAACCCAGCUCCACUCCGUCUCACAGCCUCCUCAAAGCCUCAUCUUAAACUCAGCCGCUUGGUAGAUUGGCCAUAAUGCAUAUAACUGGGGAGUUUCAGGGAAGCAAAUAAUAGUCAGUAGAUAAUGUCAGAAUUAGACUUUGCCUUGAUUGUUAGGAGGGUUUGUCCAUAUCUUAGAUAGAGGCAAUCAUGCAAUCAUGUACAAACCUGUAAGUGCUGAUCUUACACUGACGCAAGCAGGUGGAGAUCAUUGUAAGAUAACAGGUCAGCUAUUUCAUUGGAAUUGGUGUCAGUACUCAUAAAAUACAAUCACAAGCUUCCACCAAUUUGUAAUGAUUGGUUACCAUAUUGAGUCUUCCCAAUGAUGUUAAGAAAGAAUGCAUUGGCCCAGCUAAACCAAACCAAAUAAGAAACUUCCUCGUUGUAUUAAAUGUAUCCAUGAUGCAACAAGGUCUGGAAAACCUGAAACUCAAGGGUUGUGGAACACCAAGAUCUCGACACUCCAUUAAACUUGUACUUGGUUAAUUAAAGGCCGAGUCUGCUUCAACAGAACUCUCACCUAGUUUCCCUGGUCAUCGCUGGCCAACACGACUGCUGUUCAGCAUGUUAGCUUUGAGGCAUUAGCUGAGUGAUAUGUUUGCUCGCCUUAGCUAAUAGGAAGCAACAGAGUUCAAUAAAAUUAAUAUUAAAUUUAAUUUGCUUUGGAAAUGAAAAGAAUCUUAUAUCAUUGGGCGACAUUUUUCCUGUUUUUCAAACUAUAAUGUUUGUCUGAAUCCUCCAUGAAUGCUAUCUAUUUAGGCUGAUACAUGAAGACAUAUCUGCACUGCACUGACAAAACCAAUGGGCAUGUUUCUGAGUGGAUCCAGCCUCACGAGGGAGCUCUUUCAUGCAAUUACACUGCAGAUUUAGCUUGAUAGUAACCACAUCUCAUAGCUUUAAUUAACCUGGCUAUUGAUUACUGCACUGUUCUUUGCACUAGGACCAUCACUGGACGCUCCUUCCUAUUUAACACAAGCUUAUUCUGUUAGGUUGUAUUUUUUAGGCUUUUGUUGAGUUGUCCUGAUUUCACAUUGAUCUUGAUCUAAUAUUGUACAAAAUUACGCCUUUUUUCCUGCCAUAAAUUGACAUUUUUUGUUAUUUAGUAGUAUUAAGUUGUGUAUUCUUGUGCUUCUAUCGGUUACUUGAUGUGGAAUGCAGAUUUGUAAUAAAUUAUGGACCAUUUUGAUGUACUUUAA